CUAAUAUAGAACAGAGGUAGUAGUUGUCGAACAUUACGAGAGAAUCAUGCCACCGACGGCGGCGACCAGCAAUGGUCGCGCCCCCGCUGGUUCCGCAACGACCCACACGAGCAUGAUUGGGAUGUUUGCGAUCGUCGCCACUGUCUUCAUUGGGGCAGUUCAAGUCCUACUUCACUGGCUUGUCUGCAAGUUGGCUCGACGGCCCCACUACGUCCAGCUGACGCACAAGUUGACUCAAGACGUCGCGGCCGUUGGCCUGGUGUAUCUCUUGGUGAAGCUCGUGGUGGCGGUAAAUACUGAGCCUUCAACUCAGUAUAUUCUUCGCGACGCGUUCGAUAUGGCCGACCUUCUGUUGUUCGUUGCAUCCGUGUCGAUCCUGACUCAAGCAGUUGUUGUUAUCCUUGUCCUCCACACAACGACCACAGAAAUGGAUGGUCUUGGCAUUCUCUGGUCCUUUGAAGUUGUGGAUGAGAUUCAAGCGGCGAAAAGUCGUCGAUCGUGGUGUUUCAUGCGCAGCUGGUAUGCUGCUCGCGUCAAGCUCAAGCUCGUGGGAGCGUACUUUCGUCACGUGUACGAGCUGCCGCCUUUGUUUGGAUAUUCCAAGUAUGUCCGUAUCGUCCAAGAGCACAUGACGUCGCAGCUCUUUGACGUGGGCGCUGGUGCGUCGGUCGUGCUAUUGGUGUACUUCCACGCCUUCUUCGCGGUCACGGGAGAGCUCGACGGACCAUUUGCUCUUGCGUCGAGCCGCGGCAUUGACAUGCGAUUCUUUCAGCGGUGGAAUGUCUUUUUGUGCUUUUCAUAUCUCAUCUUGAUGUGCGCCGUGGCGUUGUACGCCUUGCUCGCAUGGUCGUACGGACGGCUGGUCCACCACGCAAAGCUCCAUGCAUUGACUCCAUCGUCUUCGUGCCCACCAAGUGCAAACACGACGAUCUGGGAUGCCAUUGCCAGUUUGGCCACGAAAGAAUGCACGAUGGCGCAGAUGGGACCCGCAGAAGCUCUCGCUAGGAUGCAGCAUGCUGGGGAGCGUUUGGAAGACCAUAUUCGCAGUUCCGCUCGAUGGCGGCUGUGGUCAUGGCCAAAAUCUACGACUACUCGAUGUGCCACUGCGUUCCAAACUGAAAUCGAUCACGUGGUCUUGCCAAUCCCUCAUUACCGAGUCUGUAGCGCCAUAUUGCACGUUCUGCUGCAUCUCAAUGGUCCUUUUUUUUUGCGUCAGCAGUGCUCCCUACACUCGUGCCUAGUACAACCUGCGAAGUCUUCGUCAUGACGUUGGCUGCACUCGCCCCACUGAUGAUCGUGUCAGUCAUGCUGGCACCACAACUCAUUCGCACCCUCGCGCUGGUGCAUGCGACGUGGCGCGUGGACAGCACCAUGCUGUCGCGCGUGAUUGCUGACGUCGUUCAUGUCGAGCAAGUAAAAUCAGCCAUCGUAGCAGACGUAGCUGCUCAUUGUCAACUCCAUCGCCAGUCGCCGCACGACAUGCGAUUGGCGCUGGUUCCACCGUGCCACACAAAUCACUCGGACGGGGCAAACGGCGGCGACCACAACGAUCAAUGCUACGUCGAGAUCGACGCGUUUCGCCGUGUCCUCAACCAGUUUGGACAUCGCAUGCCGUGGUACAACAUGGAUCCCUUCAUUCGGGCGAUGGACAUCCGCACACGAGGCACCUCGGUGUGUCUUGCUGACGUCCUGGCGAUCUUUGAUACUCAAUGGCAUCCCACGGCGAUCAAGGUCGACGCCGUCGAGCCUACGACCACGAACAAAAGGUUGACGGCAGCCGCCAGCACCAUCUACUAGAAAGUGAACACAACUACACGACGCGUUACAUCUUUCA